AUGCAGUCGCCGCAUCACACUGUUCUGGCUGAUCAAGAGGUAUGGUCCUUGAAGCCCGCCAAGCUCACGCUGAGCAGAGCCUCGAUGGCCUCCGGCAAGGGCUACGAGAAGUACUUGGGCUGCGGGCACGUUUACCACCAAUACGGCGCGCUGUCGGACAGAUCAUCGGGGAACGAGCCUCAGAGGCCUGGCACGUGUGGCAGGUGCUGGGCGCUGCUCGUAUGGGACGGUCGCCGGCUUCGCAUAGGGACGCAGGCUCGACCGGUUCGGCGAUGCGAGGACUGGAUGGACCGCCGGCAUUUGAUGCUGGAGAUGGCGGACAUCAAAGACUUCGCCAGACAUAAGACGCGAGUGGCAGAGACAAAGCGACACAGGAAGCACUGGAAGGGCUUGACCUGGAACAAUGUGCACAGCAAGUCAAAGGUACGUAAUCGACCGUCGAUAUCGACAUCAAUGGCAAGGCCCACGUAG